AUGGAAGGGCGUCAUGCAUCUCUCGGCCGGCGAACGUUGGAAGAAAUUCGACAGAAGCGAGCAGCAGAAAGAUUGAGCAAGGCCUCUUCCGGCCCGGAUCUCACCAUAACCCCCACCGAUGAUACGGUGAUUAAGAAAUCGGAAAGUGCAAAUCGUUUAUCUGAGAGUGAUAUCAGUGGUUUGGUGUCACAAUUGAAAGAAAUGCAACAAAGGAACUCAAAGCUGGAGGGGACAAACUCGGAAUUGACCUCAUUGCUGCAGAGGAAGGAGGUGGAGAUUGAUGUGCUGCAGAAACGUCUCGCUGAUCUGGAGAGUACAGUGCCCUCGCUGAGGAAAGCUCUUAAGGAUGUUGCUAUGGAGAAAGAUGCUGCAGUUGUUGCAAGGGAAGAUCUCUCUGCACAGCUUCGUGCACUAAAAAAACGGAUGAAAGAAGCAGAAGAAGAACAGUACAGAGCUGAAGAGGAUGCCGCUGCAUUAAGGGCAGAGUUGAACACAUUGCAACAACAAGCAAUGCACAAUCAUCCAGGUGACAUGGUUGCAAUGGGAUAUUCAUUCGACCAGAUUCAAGCCUUGGAGAAAGAGUUAUCCAACUUGAGGUCGAAGCUUGAGCAAGAGAUAUUAUUGAGACAGCAAGAGCAUCAACACUUAGCAGAGGAACAAGCACGGACAUCUGCCCUCAUAAUUCAGAAACAAGAGCUUGAAGAAAAACUCGCAUCUGCAUCUGAGAAGGCCUUAGGUAUGGGAAGUGCUUGGUUUAAAAAGACCUAUAUUUUAUUGUAUCAUCUUGAAGAUAAAGAGAGACUUGAGAAUCAAUUGCAUGAUAUGGCAGUAGCUGUUGAGAGAUUGGAAAGCAGUCGACAAAAACUCCUAAUGGAGAUUGACUCACAGUCUUCUGAGAUAGAGAGAUUAUUUGAAGAAAAUUCGAGUCUCUCAUCUUCUUAUCAAGAAUCAAUAGGAUUAGCCGCACAAUGGGAGAACCAGGUGAAAAAUUGUCUACAACAAAACCAGGAACUUCGUAGCAUGUUAGAUCAGUUACGGAUUGAGCAAGCUAAUAUGUCGGGUCCCACUGGUAGUAAUGCUCCUCCGGUGACUGAAUAUCAGAAUGGGUCUGAAAUGUAUUCCCUAAAGGGCCAGCUAGCUAAAGAACAAAGCAGAGCAGAAGCGUUAUCCGCUGAGGUCAUGCAGCUCUCACUACGUCUCCAGCAAGCAAUACAAGCAUAUAAUGCUCUUGCCCGCCUGUAUAACCCCGUUUUGCGGAACAUUGAGAAUGGUCUUUUGAAGAUGAAGCAAGAUGGCGCAGUUACUGUGCAGUGA